UGUUCGCCUUUGGCCUCAGCAGCAUAAACGUGAUGGAUAUCGCAGGCGGCUCAUUCAUGUGUGAGCCUCACAGCGACUGACUGGGUGACUGACUGCACACACUUGACUCCACAAACGGGGACAAUGCCAGGGAAUCACUGGGGAUAUGGAAAAGAGGACGGCCCUUCUGUGUGGCACGAGAACUUCCCCGUGGCUCAGGGGACGCGUCAGUCUCCCAUAGACAUCGUCCCUCAGAAGGCUCCACAUGACCCCAGUCUGGGCCCCAUCUUCCUCCACUACGACCAGUGCACGUCCCUCAAAAUCACCAACAAUGGACACUCUUUUGUCGUUGAGUUUGAAGACAUGGACAAUCGUUCAGUGAUCCACGGCGGCCCUCUGGAGAAUCCCUACAGACUCAAACAGUUUCACUUCCACUGGGGCGAAAAGGGUUGCCAAGGCUCCGAGCACACUGUGGCAGGAAACAGCUAUGACUCUGAGUUGCAUUUAGUUCACUGGAACGCAGUCAAGUACAAGACGUUUGGGGAGGCGGCAGAAGCCCCCGACGGCCUCGCUGUCCUCGGCAUCUUUCUAGACACGGGCGACGACCACAGAUGGCUCCACAUGAUCACAGACGCUCUGUACAUGGUGAAGUUUAAGGGCAGCUGCACUGAUUUCAAGGGUUUCAACCCCAAGUGCCUGCUACCCAGCAGCCUCCACUACUGGACCUACCUGGGAUCACUGACCACUCCCCCGCUACAUGAGAGCGUCAUCUGGAUUGUCCUGAAGGAGCCGAUCAUAGUGUCUGAUAAACAGCUGGGCAAGUUUCGCCUGCUGCAGUUCAGUGGAGAGGAAGAGGAUCAGAGGACUCGCAUGGAAAAUAACUUCAGGCCUCCGCAGCCUCUCAAAGGACGGAAAGUGCGUUCCUCCAAUUAACGUGACCUCAGCAAAUCUGAAGUCAAAGAAUUAAGUCGAUGCAUUAAACAAAACGGUGGAUGCAAUAAUUUGAGUGUGAUUUUUGUUCACCUCUAAGUAAUUUGAUUUGUACAGAAGAAGAAAACUUGCCGGCAGUUUAUGGAAAAUUAAAAGUAAGAUUUUUUUGGUCGUAGGAUGAGACCAACAAAUGAGAUCUUCCUGUAGCACUGUAGUGGACUGUACUGGUUUUUUGCAUACUGGUCUGCAGAUUCAAGGCCUCAGUCUCCUUAACUGAUCCCUGCUCAUCCCUUGUUGAUCUGGUGGAUUCACGGUUCCUCUCUAGAGCUCGUGGUGGAGUGGGAUUAGAGCUGCAGUUGCUUAAACUGGUCUGUUUGGACACGAGAGCUCAAGGGACAAAAACCCAAACUAUUUCUUUAAAUAACUUUGAAUAAAAACUUCAUUGAACUUCCAUAGAACACAGAAACUUACUUUUUUAGGACCUUCAGUCUUGAUAUGAAACUACAUCCAUUGCUUUGGAAAACUAAAUACGCACAGUCCAGUUCAGGGAUGCCUGAGCGAGGCCUCGCUGUGUGAUCUGGAUGAGUUACGGUCACGUCGUGUAACGCUGCUCCUCAUUUAGAUGGACUUUGGAUUAUUUUUUUUUAACUAAUGCAGAGUUAUGACAGGGAUGAACUUCCUGUGCAACAAAUCUCACACGAAUACUUAUGUGCAUCGGGGCAUGAUUGUUUUAUGUUAUUGACGUAGGAGAAACGACUAUAAAAUGUAAUUUAUGGGUGGUGUGAAUAUUUUUGUAAUGUAUUAAAAGAGGUCAUGUUUGCCGAGUUGAAUAAAAGUUUAAAUUCUGUUUCA